AUGUUGUUUCAGCCUCUUCUACUUACCACUCUUUUGAGUGCCAUCACAGCUGGCGCUUCGCCGACAUGGUCUGCUCAGCAGGAGUACACAAAACAUCUCCCAAAGAGUGUGUCCAAACAUCAAGGAACGCGUCCAAAGACCGAUAUUUCUCCCAAGAAGCCUUUCAAGCCCUUCCCUUCUUCGCCGUCCAGAAACAGAGUCUGCUAUGUCAGCUCUCACAACGACGGCGUGACAGACGACUCGGACUACAUUCUCUCCGCCAUCAACAAGUGCAACAACGGGGGCCAUGUCAUUUUCUCAGAAGGUCAGAAGUACGUGAUCGGCACAGCCUUAAACCUGACCAACCUCAACCACAUCGACCUUGACAUUCAAGGCUAUGUCCAAUUCACCAACGAUACCGACUACUGGCAAGCAAACGCCUUCAAGCAAGUCUUCCAGAACGCUACAACAUUCUUCCAGCUUGGUGGAAACGACGUGAAUGUCUAUGGUGGAGGUUUCCUUGACGGCAAUGGUCAGGUGUGGUAUGAUUUGUAUGCUCAGAACAUAUACAUUCUGAGGCCUGUUCUUNUUGGCGUUGUUGGCUUGCACAACUCGACUAUUCAGAACUUGAACCUUCGGUACAGUCCGCAGUACUACAAUUGGGUCGCCAAUAGCACCAAUGUUCUGUUCUCGAAUAUCUCCAUCUCAGGAUAUAGUCAGAGCAAGAAUGUGGCUAAGAAUACUGAUGGAUGGGACACCUACCGCAGCGACAACAUCAUCAUCCAAAACUCAAUCAUCAACAACGGUGACGACUGCGUCUCCUUCAAACCCAACAGCACCAACAUGCUAGUCCAAAACCUACACUGCAACGGCAGCCACGGCAUCAGUGUGGGCUCCCUCGGCCAAUACCCCUCCGAAACCGAUAUAGUGGAAAACGUCCUCGUGUACAAUAUUUCCAUGUCCAACGCCAGCGACGGCGCCCGCAUAAAAGUCUGGCCAGGCUCCCCCGCCGCACUCUCCGGAGACCUGCAAGGCGGUGGCGGCAAAGGCCGUGUCAACAACAUCACCUACGACACCAUGACAAUCUCCAAUGUGGACUAUGCGAUUGAAGUCACCCAAUGCUAUGGGCAGAAGAACUUGACGGCUUGCAAUGAGUUCCCUUCCAAACUGACAAUUUCGAAUAUUGUCAUGAGGAAUAUUUAUGGCACUACGAGUGACAAGUAUAAUCCGAUUUCUGGAUAUGUGGUUUGUAGCAGUUCGAGUGUGUGUACUGAUAUUAAGCUUGAGGAUAUUAAUGUUAGUAGUCCGAAUGGCACGGUCAAUGAGUUUUCUUGCGGCGAUGUGGAUGAGAGCUUGUUGCAGGGUAUUCAGUGUACCUCUAUCAACAAGGGUUAUAACUGA